AUGCCUAUGGAAACUAGAAAUGCUAACAAAAAAGACAGUGAGGGAACUGCGUCAGCUGAUUGUGACACACAAUUAAAAUACACAGAGGCUGACGUGGAAUUUUUGCGUGAAGAAGUGAAAAAUAAAGAGAAAAGACUUAGAUUAGAACAGGAAGCGAUUGAACAACGAAAAUUAGAGCUAGAUAGAAAGUCACAACAAAUAAGCGAAAAUCUCCGAGCACAAGAAGCGGAGAUUGAGCGCAGACAAAAAGAGUUAGAAAUCAGAGAAAAAACAAUUUUAAACUCGAAUUCAGAAACGCAACAGGAAAUACAAGAUAAGCCUGCGCGAGAUAAAAAUCAAAAGGAUAAAGAAUCAGAAUCAACAGAACUUGAGACUCGGGAAAAAACAGAUUCCAAGUCAAUUUUACAAGAGCAGUCGGGAAACAAAGAAAACCCGGCAUCAGACGUCAAUGAUCAACAGGUAGAGUCAAAAAUAGACAUACCAGAAAUAAAAUCAGGAACUCAAAACCUGAAAAAAGAAUCAAAAAAACAGGGUAACUUAGGAUCUAGCGAAGCGACGGACGACACAAAAGAGAGCGAACCGCGGCUAGACCAGGGAAAACCAAAAAUCAGCGAAUUACGCCAGAAGAAAAUAGAAAUAGAUCAGAAGCUAAAGCUUUUAAUCGCGAAAAGCUUAGACAUUACCGAUAAAAUCGCGAACGAGUCCCAAAUAAGAGCCACAGAAGCCGACACAGAGGUAAGUCCCGAUCCGGUAAUGAAUCAAUGUAGCGAAGCGAUACAGGUAGAAGCGGAGAUCAUAUAUCUAAAAAAUAAAUUGAAGAAAAAUAAAUCAGAAUUAGAAAAGAUUGCGGAAGCAUCGAAACCAACGAGUCACACGGAGAAACUUGCCGACGGUCCGAGCGCUAGCGUAACAAAACUUGCCGACGCUCCGCGCGCGAAACAGAUAAACAGCGAAAGUGUAGACUACGAUCGCGCUUCAAUUAUAUCAGACACGUCUGUGCAGACUAAUGAAGAAAAAAUCAAUACUAAAGCCGAAGUUCUUGCGAAGGAACUCAUAUUUCGUGAAACGGAGAAAGAAAUGCGUGCGAAAUUGAAAGAAUUGCGAGGUGUAGCGACGAGCGGUUCCGACCUAAAGCCACAAGAGCUAGGCGCACCCGGCGCACCCCAAUACCUGGUUUCGGACGAUGAUUUUGAAAUCCGACAACGCGAACGUGAGUUACGACAACGCGAACGUGAGUUACGACAACGCGAAUCAGAACUAAAAAGGCAGAAAGCAGAAGAAACGAUUAAAGAGUUCAAAUUUCAAAAGACAGACAAAGAGUCGCGCGAAAAAUUAAAAGAACUAAGAGGUGGAGUAAGCGGAGAAGACCUACAGCCACAAGAGCUGGGCACUCACGACGCACCCGAGUAUCUUCGAUUAGACGACGACUUCGAAAUCCGUCAAAAGGAACGCGAGCUUAGAAAACGUGAACUGCAAUUAGAAGCACAGGUAAAAGAGUUAGAGCGUAUAAAGCUUAAUCCGCGAAACCAGAGGGAAUUAGAUUUAGCCCGUAGAGAAGAGGAACUAAAAGCAAGAGAAUUAGCUGUCAAAAACGAGCUAGCUCAAUUUCAGCAAAAGAAUAACGAAAACCAAAAUUAUGAGAAUUAUCGAGUUUCAAAAACGAUCAAUCAAAAUAUAAACAUUCCAACUUUAUCAUUAACCGAGCAGUCAAUAUCCGUAAAAGACGCGCUCGCAGUAGUGCCAAAAUUCGACGGAAAAAAUAUAACAGUUUUACAAUUCAAUCGAAGCUGCAAACGCGCAUUAGAAAUGGUAUCGCCGAGCCUGGAAGGUUAUCUUACGAGACUAAUUCGGAGUAAACUGACUGAUCGCGCCUAUGCAGUCAUCGAAGAAGAAAAUUUUACAACUUUACAACAACUUUUAGACAAACUGUCAGAGGUAUUCGCGCCUACUCGCUCCGCGAAUUAUUAUCGAGGGGAACUUGGCCGUCUAUACAAAUUUGCCGACGAACACAUCUUGGAUUAUAUAUCGAGAACCCGUGACAUAAAGACCGGGUUGGUAGAAAGCGAGCGCCGAAAAAAUAAAAAACUCAACGAUAAUGAAUCGAAAGAAUUAGAUGAUGAAAUAUGCGAAACCUUUAUAGGAGGCUUGCCAACCGAAUACAGAAACGCGAUAUUAAUCAAAGGAUGUCCUACCUUAAAAACCGCGUAUGAACGAGCAAUAGAUAUUGAUAAAAAAUUUGAGCAAGACAAAGAAAGAUCCAAAACUCGCGAAUCAGGAAAACCGGAUGGCGAAAAACGCGAACCUUGCAAACAUUGCAAACAGACUAAUCACAGAUCAGAAAACUGUAGAUCAAUAAGAAAACCGCCGAGCGAAAAACCCAACGAGAACGGGGAAUCUUGCGCGAUUUGCAAACGUACCAAUCAUGCAACCGAAGAUUGCUUUCACAAUAAAAAUAAUAAUCGACGUAAAGACAACGAAAAUAGAAAUGUCAACUCAAACCUCCCGUACUGCAAGUAUUGCAAGAAACUAGGGCACACUUGGGAAGAAUGUAGAAUACGCAAGUACCAUGAGAACUCAAGGUCAAAUCAGGGAAACGGGGCAGGGCCCUCGGGGGCGGGGAGCAGUCCUCGAGCAGCUCAGGCCAAUGCUCUGGAAACGGAGACGGCGGAAACCCCAAAUCCGUCUGCCUCCACCUAA